UCGGGGUGAGUGGCUGGUUGGCGGAUGCUUGGCCAUCUAGGCUUGGACAAAGACGGUGCUUUUCCUUCUGUUUGUGCUUCAAACCAGUCGGGCUCUGAAAGAAGAACCUAAGCCGGGGGGGCAAAUGCAGAACGGGGAGACUAUGAGCCCUCAGGACUCCAAGGCAGCAGGGGUUGAGACCAUGGAAGACCAGGGAGGGCAGAACCGGAAUCAAGGCUGCGAUGAGCCCACUGCGCCUCCGCUACCUCCGCCCUCGCCACCACCACCACCUGGGCCACCAGAAUACCCAAGGCCAAGGCUUAUCUUCCACACCCAGCUGGCUCAUGGCAGCCCAACAGGCCGGAUCCAUGGAUUCACUAAUGUUAAAGAACUGUAUGCCAAGAUUGCAGAAGUGUUCAACAUCUCUCCUUCAGAGAUCCUUUUCUGCACUCUAAACUCGCAUAAAGUGGACAUGCAGAAGUUACUGGGGGGACAGAUUGGACUCGAAGACUUCAUUUUUGCUCAUGUCAGAGGGGAGACCAAAGAAGUGGAGGUGACAAAGACAGAGGAUGCAUUGGGUCUCACCAUUACAGACAAUGGAGCAGGAUAUGCUUUUAUUAAGAGGAUAAAGGAAGGCAGCACCAUUGACAGGCUCAAGUCAGUUUGUGUUGGUGACCACAUUGAAGCUAUUAAUGACCAGAGCAUUGUGGGAUGUCGACACUAUGAGGUGGCUAAGAUGCUAAAAGAGCAACCCAGAGGCAUACCUUUCACUCUUCGCCUUGUUGGGCCUAAGAAGGCCUUUGACAUGAUUGGAAUGAGGACUAAAGCGCCAAAAUCUAAUGAGGGCAAGAUGGUGAACGGCAAAGAAACAUUGCGACUUCGCUCGAAGGGUGCAGCCACAGUUCAGGAAGUGCAAAAUGAGUUUGAAGAACAGGCCACCAGGAAAGUGGACGACCUCUUGGAAAGCUACAUGGGCAUUAGGGAUCUGGAACUCGCAACUACAAUUGUGGAAGCAGGAAAAGACAAGAAAAAUCCAGAUGACUUUGCCGAGGCUUUGGAUUCGGUUCUUGGCGAUUUUGCCUUCCCUGAUGUGUUUCUGUUCGAUGUAUGGGGAGCUAUUGGAGAUGUUAAAAAUGGCAGAAUGUAAACAGUAAAACAACAUAGAGAAAUAAUCAAGUUCUUUGUAACAUCUAAUUGUAAAAAAAAACAAAAAAACCCCACACAAAAUAUAACAUGCAGGAUAGUUUUAUUGUUAAGAGUAGGAGAAGUCGGAUAAGAAACAGGAAACUCUUUUUCUCUGAUGUAAGUGUGCUGGGAAAAGCAGUCCAUGUUUGUACUAUCAGGCAACAAUUUUAAAUGACGUUACUCUGUGGAAAUGUUAUCGUUUUUCCUUCAGUGCAGUAAAAUUCAAACAUCAGUCUACUGUUUGUCAUUUCAGGCUUUAUAAUAAGAAACACGUGCUCUGAGAAUUUGGCCAGCUUCUGGUCUUUUCAGACCAUACUAGUGAGUCCCUUCAAGGAGAAAGAGAUUAGAUUAGGCAUCUGUUUUCCAUCCAGAGGAGCAUUUGAAGUAUUUUUCAUGCUAAACUGUAUUUAGCACACAUGCACGUCCAUGUGAUCAUCUGUUUGGGAGGAUUUAGAUUUACUUUUAAAUCCUAUCUGAAGGAACUAUUAAACAAAGAGACCCAAAUAUUUAAUAAGAACAAAAUAAUACAUUGAGAUAUCUAUAAAAACUAAUGUCAAGUAAUUAAUCAAGCUCAUGGUGAGACAUACCAAUGGUCGUAUAUCCCACUAAAUUAUCAAGGACUCCGUGAUAAACAUUCCAGUCAAGCAGGAAUCCAGCCCACUUUGCAUGGACAGAAGUGAAAAGAUUAAAGUCAUUCCUGCAUGCAUGCUUGAGUGCCUGUAAACUGUUUCCUUGGAACCUUUAAACAAUUUUUCCUGAAUCACAAAAUAAAAUGAUCUAUUCCUACUCUUAAAAAUCACUAUCACAAUCCAUAGUAUUUUGUAUCUCCAUUUCAGAGAGAGUAAAAAAAUCUAUUCCUUUUAACUGUGUGUGAAAUAUACAGAAGACAUAAGUUGUCACAGCCAGUAUUUUCGGUGUCAUGGUUCACUGCUUAAGUGUUGCUCUUGAACUUUGUCUUUGCAUUGUGAUGUACAGUUUGUCCUUGCCUAUGUGGUUUUGGGGCUUUUUUGGUUUAGUUCUUGGCCAUUAGCUCCCUUGCAUUCUCUGUUAUUUUGUAGUUUUUUUCCAUUGUGAGUUGUGUUCCAUUUUCUCCUUUUUGUCAAUUUUGCCUAACCUGCCUCUAACUUUGAAAUCACCCUUUCAAGAUAUAUUGUUUUUCUAUUUCAGUGCUCUUUACGGGGUUCAUUGACGUCUUCUGACUUCAUCUGUAUAGUAAAUCUCUCAGCACUCUUUGUUUGUGAGAUCUUUUGACUUUUUCUUGAUCCUGCCUUGACAGUAGUUUUUGAUUAUUCAAAUAAUAUCCUUAAUCACAACUCCCUGUCCUUGAGUCCU